CCACCUCUUACACACAGCGUUAAAUCAAGAGAACAUCACCCACCGCCAACAUGGCCUCCAGUCCUGCUCAAUUGCAUCCGAUCGCUACAGAAGCCGACUUCAACACGACAAUCCAACAAAUUCCAGCAGAAUGCCUGACAGUCAUCUACUUCCAUGCUCCUUGGGCCGAGCCAUGCAAACAGAUGUCCACUAUCCUCACCACUCUCGCCAGUACAUACGAGCAUACUACUCCGCCACGAAUAGCCUUCCUGUCUCUGGAUGCGGAAGAAGUUGCGGAUGUAUCUGAGCGCUAUGAUGUCACACAAGUUCCUUUUGUUGUUCUUCAGAAGAAUGGUCAGGUUCUCGAGAGCGUGACAGGCACGGAUGCUGCGAAGGUUCGGAGUGCGGUGGAGCGGCACGCUGGUGAAGAUGGCAAGCCGGGCGCCUCCCUUCCGCCCAAGCAGAAUGUAACACCGCAGACACACAACGAUGCAACUAUGGGCGGGGUUUCAAGUGGCAAUAUGUCUCAAUACAAGCAUGGACCUGGCGAACAGCAAUCUGCGCCGCACUCCAGCGACGGACAGCUGAAUGGGGCACCAAGCAAAGAAGAGCUCAACAAGAGACUCGCUGAGCUGGUCAAGGCCGCUCCAGUGAUGCUGUUCAUGAAAGGCACACCGAGUGCCCCUCAAUGUGGCUUCUCCAGGCAGACUGUCGCGAUCCUUCGGGAGAAAGGGGUACGGUAUGGAUUCUUCAACAUUCUAGCCGAUGAUGAGGUGCGGCAAGGCCUGAAGGAGUUCUCCGACUGGCCGACGUUCCCACAAGUGUACAUGGAUGGCGAGCUUGUAGGCGGAUUGGACAUUCUCAAGGAGGAGUUUGAAAACAAUCCGGACUUCAUGAGUGAUUAUCAGGUCAAGAAGGCCGCGCAAGCAGCUUGAGCGGCAUUUUUUCAUCCAGCAGUUGAUACCAUUUUCAACAGAUCAUGUGAACGACCAAUCGUUGCACUAUCAUUGGUACAUGCAGUUUCGCGAGGUUGGCGCAAGAAUAUAGCGAGAGUAUGCUGUGCAGCCGUCGCUUCUAUACGUCCAGCGAUAUGAACACUCAUGAUGAAAUCGAGAUUGGGAAAGCAUCGCCACAUGCUUUCGUUCCAAGGUAAUGCGACUCCACACUGCUCUUGCGCAUAGUACUCAUCCCGUUGGAACCCGGCAAUGCAUCAAGACGAUUCAUUCAGCGAUUGCACGCGGUCGUUGUCAUAUACUUCAGGAAGGAUCGGCAGACGCUGCAAUGCAUGGUUGUGAGAUGCCUGUGUGCAAGGCAGAUACAGUAGGAAGUUGGCUGCAAAAGCAAUACUUGAAUGUAACCAGAGAGACUUUUCCGUAGGAUUUCAGGGAGACGACGAAUAUACAGAAACGGCACCCUGGCGCCAGGUUUGCGGUCUCUGUAUAUUUCGACAACCUGUGUCAUGCUAGAGCAACAAUUGUUCCACUCU